AUGCCCAUAAUCCAAGCUAGAUUAACCAAUUCUGAUCAAGAAAAAAACUUCAGCUAGCUCACCUUUUCGUUAUGUACACUAUUUAUUCUCCAUUGCUUUCUGCUAUCUCAACUUCAAUUCUAGUUCAAUUUCACAAAUAUUUCAGCCCACAAAUAUGUUAGUUCAGCCCUAAACAAAGCUCACCAAUACGUAAAUUUAAUGUAGAACCUUGACCUAUCGCGUCUCUCACACACAUAAGUUCAGUUCAGAUAUUUCAGUGCUCAUACAAUGCUCACACAGUGCUUAUUUACUACCUCCCAGACUGUAUUUCCCUUCCACAGAACGGCGAAUCGUGCGCGACAUAAGCGCAGCGCGACAAAAGCUCUACGCUGCCCGCCCGUCCAAAAGAAUGCGAUGCGUGCCAACAUAUAAGCUCUGACUACGUCUCGCUUAAAAAUACAUGGCGUUAUGACCAGAUGACCGUUUUUAUGGACACAGCUCGGAUUUACCUCAAGAACUGAAUAAGUGGGUCAAGAUGGAUGGAUACUGGCCAAGUUCCUUUUUUCGUUAUAAACACGUAAAACUGGUCAAAACUGGUGCAAAACAAGCAAAGCCUGCGUGACAUCCGCCUCUGAUCGGGUCACGCGCCAUUGCAUGAUACCGUAUGUUAAUUUCUUCAGGUUUUGGUGUUCGCAUCAAGGGAGAACUUUCUUUUUCGAAGGUGAAAGGUGCUCCAAAAACUAACAGUACCAAGGCGGAAUGAUGAUAAAAAACUGGCGUCAACUUGCUCCUUUUCUACAUCGGACCGCCGUCAUCUACAACACGAGAAAUGGUUAUCCAACUGCUCACGGUGUGUUGGAAAGCCGUCUUAACUCAAAUCAAAGAGCCUCGUUUACGACGGAUAGGAAGAAGGAUUCUGUUCUAGACCGUCUAAAAGCGGGUGAUGUCCUAGUCGGUGAUGGAGGGAUGACUUUCUGUUUGGAGAAGCGUGGUUAUGUAAAAGCAGGACCUUGGUCUCCGGAGUGCACGGUGGAGAGCCCAGAGGCAGUCCGCCAGGUUCAUCGCGAGUUUCUUCGAGCAGGCGCAGAUAUCAUUCAGGCUUUUACAUUUUCCAUGGACGAUGAAAUCAUUGACGAGAAGAACGAUGAAAUAAAUCAGGCCGCAUGCGAUCUGGCGAAGGGCGUGGCUCAAGAGGGAGGGGUGUUCUCCGCAGGCUCCAUCUGCCAAACAGCAAAACUUUACGCGCAGGGAGCUGGGAAGGAGCGUAUACAGAAACGGUUUGAAGAACAGAUUGCAAUAUUUCUCAAGAAUGACAUGGACUUACUGAUUGCUGAGGUAGGCAAGAGGCAAUCUAGGCAGCUUGCGUUUAUGUUAAUUUCGGACAGUGGUUCAUUAUCAGGUGCUGAUAUUAUUGGUGUGAACUGCAAGUUCGAUCCCACCACUUCCAUGGAAGCUCUUCGUCUGAUGAAAGAAGCACUGGACAAGGAAGGACACAAUCCUUAUUUGAUGAUCCAGCCUGUUGGUUACCACACCCCGGACGCCGGCAGGGUUGGGUUCGCUAGCUUGCCCGAGAUACCUUUUGCUUUGGAACCUCGCACACUAACUCGGUGGGAUGUGCAUAAGUACGCUCGGCGGGCCUAUGAUAUGGGAGUGAGGUAUAUCGGAGGCUGCUGUGGCUUUGAACCAUACCACAUCCGGGCUAUCGCGGAAGAGCUUGCCCCAGAACGUGGUUUUCUUCCUGUGGCAAGUGAAAAGCACGAGCUUUGGGGAGGAGCAUUGAAGAAUCACCCGAAAGAAUGGAUGAGACGGAAGGCCAAUCGAGCUUACUGGGAGAACCUGGAACCUGCUACUGGUCGUCCGUAUUCUGCCGCGACAUCCAAGUUUGACGGACCUGCUUGAUGACGUUUACGUUAGCAAAGAAAUGUUAUAAACAUUCCGUCAAAAUUAUCCUUAAGGGUGUGUUGUAUUGCACCAAUUAGGACAUUGUAUAUAGCCUUUCCUAUGCUGAUACCUGCCAUUUAAUGGAAGUGGCCGUAAUAUUUCGAAUCAUGAUUGUAUUGUUAUCCCCCCUGGGGGGGUACUCCCAUAUUAGAAGGACUGGAGUGUUCGUCGGAAAUUUUGAAAAGAACCCCUAAGA